AUGGUGCGUAUAUUUAUCAAGGGAGGUGUGUGGAGGAACAGCGAAGAUGAGAUCCUCAAGGCGGCCGUCAUGAAAUAUGGCCUGAACAACUGGAGUCGAGUGGCUUCCCUUCUCGUCAAAAAAUCCGCAAAGCAAUGCAAAGCCAGAUGGUAUGAGUGGUUGGACCCAAGCGUGAAGAAAACAGAAUGGACACUUGAAGAGGAAGAGAAACUUCUUCAUCUUGCCAAAAUCAUGCCAUCUCAGUGGCGCACAAUUGCGCCCAUUGUUGGACGGACGGCAUACCAGUGCCUCAUGCACUAUGAAGAGCUCCUUGAUCAAGCACAGGAAGGAAUGGAGGGCGCGGACAAGCCAAGUGGCACGGGAUUUUCGCAAGCUCCAGGAAGCCGCAAGGCUCCAGGGAGAGGGGUUGGAUUUCUUCGGGGAAGGGAAGACCCUAGGCGCCUGCGGCCUGGAGAGAUUGACCCGCACCCCGAGACCAAGCCGUCGCGUGCAGAUCCAAUUGACAUGGCAGAGGAUGAAAAGGAAAUGCUUGAAGAAGCCAGAGCCCGUCUAGCUAACACGCGUGGCAAGAAGGCAAAGCGAAAGGCAAGGGAAAAACAGCUGGAAGAGGCUCGUCGGCUGGCGGCGUUGCAAAAGAAAAGGGAGCUAAAGGCAGCAGGUAUCAUCACGGGGGCCAAGCGACGAACGAGAAAAAACUUUCAACCAUACGAAGAGGUGCCGUUUGAAGAGAAGCCGCCUCCAGGCUUUUACGAGGUUCCAUCUGAAGAGAACCCAGAAGGCAAUCUGAACUUCGCCAAUAUCAGUUUGCAACAUAUGGAAGGGUCCAUGCGCGCUCGGGAGGAAGAGAAGCUCAGGAAGGAAGAUGCAAGAAAGUUGAAGCGGCUGAGAGAAGAUCACCUGGAUGAGUAUCUGAAAAUUCAGGAGGAAAAACUGAAGAAAGAUGCAAUAUCUAAAAAGAUGAAACUCAACCUGCCAGAACCGAUGCUGAAAGAACACGAGCUCGAAGAGCUGGUCCGUCUUGGGGCGGAGGCGUCACUCUUGACAGGGUCGGAUGGGCACGAUGAGACUUCCACUUUACUUGCACAAGGACUUUCCACUCCGUCCACGGUUAUUUCCCGGGUACCUCGCCGUUCUGAACGCGUCCAGCAAGAGGCACGAAAUGCGUUGGCCCUCCUCGGAAUCCAAACUCCUCUAGAGGGAGAGCAAAAUGCCCAGAUUGAGGAAGUUCAGGGUGGAAGGGGACUGACUCCUGGUGACGUGCGAACGCCUAAUGCUCUGCAGCAGCAACUCCGUGGGAGCCGCUUGACUGGCACGAUAUCUGAUACUCCACUUACUGCAGCUACUCGCAUCACCGUCACGGGUCACGGCAGCAGUGCGACUCCUCUGAAUGAUCCGUCCGACGCUGGGUCUGCUUCAGAAGGUGGUGGUAUGGGUUCAAAGGCAGAGCUGCAUCUCGCCCGUCUUCAUGCGCGAACGUCUCUCGCCUCGCUUCCUGCUCCUAAGAAUGAUGUCACAGGCCAGAUCCCGGAUGAUAUUACUGAGGAAGAGAAGGAGCUUCUUGAGUCUGAAGCUGAUUUGGACAUGGAAGAGGUGGAGAAGCGACGAGCUGCGCGCGCAGCUGAGGCGGCGAGGAGGCGCUUUUUAGAACAGACGCAAGUGAUGCAGCGGCAGCUUCCUAGGCCCAUACUUCCUCCAUCUAAACCGUUGAGCUCGUCUAUCGACGCUACUGCAGUGGUGGCAGCGGCUGUACAGCAGCAGGUACAGCAGGAUGAAGAUACAUAUAUCACGGAGGAGGGAAAGGAUGCCGCUGUUGCAGCUAUAUCUGAAGCUGCAUCGCUUACUGAGAAUGUCAUGAGUUUGCUCGUUCAAAACGACUGCUAUUUGCAUCCAUUUCGCGGCAUCAGCCCGCCGCCACCAACAGGCGAACUUGAACCGUGCAGCUUGGAGCAAAUGCAGGCGGUGAGAGAGCUUUUAGAAACUGAGCUGGCGUCUUGGAAUUUAGAUGAGAAUUAUCCGAGAUUCGACAAACUUGUUCUUACGCUGGAGACACAGCUGGUCUUUAAUCCGGCCUCAAAGUCGUAUGUUUCUUCGUCAACCCUUAGCCCUAGUGAGCGCCUCCAGGUGUAUGCUCAUCAAGUGGAAACGCUGAAGACUGGCCUGGCUUCAGCUGUUCAGCGAACCAAAAAGCUGGAGAAGAAGUACAAGGUGCUCACGACAGGCUAUACAAAUCGUCAGAAGGAGCUUGCCAAGGCAAUUAGCGAAAGCAGCGCCGAAUUGCUGCAGCUUGAUGCGCGCAUUGCGUCUUUCACCAAACUGCACGAGGCAGAGCAGAAAGCAGUGAAGGUCCGGACUGAAGAAAAACGGGUGGAGGUCUUACGGGAGCGUGCAAAGCAUUUGUUUCUCCAACAACUUUAUGGGCGUCUGACAGCAGUCAAGAAGCACCUCCAGGAGCUGUUAAGUGACACGGGAGCCCAACAGGAGCAGCAAAUACAGGCGUAG